AAUAAACCUGUAACACAUUUUACUGUAAGUAAGCUGUAUUCAUAUUGCACAUGUACUAACACUUAUGCUGCAAUACAUACAUAAAAACUGUGGCAUUAUCCUUUCAAAUACCGAAUAACAAUAAUAGGUCGAGCGUACUGCUGUGACCAUUCAUGUGACCAUUCGUGGAUGUUACAUCAAUACAUAUAAUAUAUGCCAAUUUUAAUGAUAAGAUUUAGAUGUAAAUGGUUUCAAUCAAACAUUUUGCUUCAUUGCUUCUAUUGUUUGGUAUUUUUAGCAAUGAUCGACAGUUUAGGUGGGCCCGUACGUGUAAAUAACUUUCUGGCUGCAUUGAACCUGAAGCCGAUUAGUAACAAAAACCUAAAGACCAUGGAGAGACGGGCUGGAAACAUUGUUGAACAUGUGGCCGACAUGUCAACUCGUGAGGCAGCCAAGGAUGCCUUCCAUCAAGAAAUGAAGGAAGUGGCUGAAGCUGAGUCCAAGAGAGCUGCUGACAGGAUGGAAGGCCUUAUCGAAGAUCUUGGUGUAUGUCCACUUCCAGAUGUCUCCCCUAAACUAAAAUUGAUGUUACAACCUGACAACCAGGUGGAUGAUGAUUGGACUGAUGUAGAUGAGGAUAAUGAUGAAACUGAUAAUGUGAGACUCUCCUCCGCUUUGAAAAGGAGACGUUAUCAAGUUAGAAAACAUAAAAAAAAACAUCCAAUGCUGUCUCGGGCACAGAAAACACCAUCAAGUCGAGUUUGUCUGGCAUCGAAGUUCCCUUGUCACUCUAGAACAGGAAUGUCUUGUGCGGUAGAUACUGCCUGGCACAAACGUGGCUUUGACAGCUUGACUUCUCACACCUUCUUCAUGAGCAAGGCACAGUAUGGAAAGAAAGUAGUGAAAGCAGUCGUUAGUCAUCGGACAUGCGGAGUUUGCAAAUGGUGGAAAAGAAAUAGACCUUCAGAGGCAGUACGAAAUCAUCGUUGUGUUCAUGAUCACACAGGAAGUGCCAGGCUUAUGGAAAGUGUAUCGGGUGAGCGGGGUGUAUGUGAGCUACACAAGGACGGAACCCCUGUGGAAGUGAUUGAAGGCGAUGGAGAUAACACCAUGAUAGCUCGUCUGAAAUCCAAAUCAAACAUUAGCUUGAAAAAGAAAUUUGACAGAAAUCAUAUAGUGAAAAACAUUGGAAAGAAGCUAUAUGCUCUUCAGGCGGACAAAAGCACAAAGCUCAGUAAGUUAGUGAUCUUACACAUUCAGAAAUGUGUGAAGUAUAUUCUAGCAAAGAAUCAAGGUGAUCCAAAGGGACUAGAAGAAAAUCUGAAAGCUUUAGUACCUCAUCAAUUCGCAGACCACACAAUGUGCCAGCCUCGAUGGUGUGGGUACAAGCGUGACCGCAGUGUUAAAUACUCACACAGAAGCCUGCCCUACAAAGGACCGCUUAAAGACGACCACCUUAGAUCUCAGCUAGAAAAACUGUUUGAACCAGUUGUGAUGAAGGCUCCCCAGCUCGCAGACCUAGGUUCGAGUCAGCAGUGCGAGCAUGCCAACAGAGAGGUCACCAUGAGGGCUCCAAAGUCCCUUCGUUAUGGGAAUUCAGAAUCUUUGGAUUUUAGAGUGAAAGCCACAGCAGCAUUCAUCAAUGAAGGGCGUCACUACAUUUCAAAGCUGUUCCAGUUCAGCACUGUUAUUAUUCAAGGAACAAGAUGUUGACAGGUGAUGAUCAUAAGGUACACUCCGAGGCAGGUCUUUCCCCUGGUGUCCACAGCCUCAGAUAUGCAGAUAAAUGCCAGAAGCAUAGGAAGCGUGUCCAGGAAAGAUCGGCACUGCCAUCGACUAAGCGGCGGCGACUUCAACUAAAACAAGAGC